GGAACCACGAGCGGUCACUCUUCUACCAAACAUAAACAAAAAUCUUAAGUUGAAAUUAUUUGCGAAAUGAAUCCGCUGACAAACAUGAAAAAUGUGCUCAAGCUGAGCGAACAUGAGCUGCAACAUGGAGGGAAAAAGAGCUGGCAUGAUAUGUACCGGGACUCAGCCUGGAUAUUCGUUGCCGGUUUUCCGUACACUCUUUCCGAGGGAGACUUGAUCUGCGUGUUUUCUCAGUACGGCGAGGUGGUCAACAUUAAUCUGAUUCGGGACUCCAAAACGGGGAAAUCUAAGGGCUUCUGUUUCCUGUGCUACGAGGACCAGAGAUCCACAGUUCUGGCAGUCGACAACCUGAAUGGCAUCAAGAUCAUCAACCGAACCCUUCGAGUGGAUCAUGUGGCGGACUACAAGCCGCCCAAGGAAAACGAGAAGAUGGACGAAGAGACCCUUCGUCUUUAUAUGGAAGGUUGUGCCCCGAAACCUCAAAUUCAACACAUAAAGACUGAGAAAACAAAAGACGCCAAGAAGUACAGGUAACAAGGAAGCCUUUGAAGGCUUUCAUAGAUUUAAAUUAAGUUUAUCAAUACCGUAAAAAAGCAUAAUAAACAUAAUUGUAAAACUUUG